AUGGAGUUCCCCGAGGAAAUCUGGACGCAGAUAUUCUCCCAAUUGAUCCCCCAGAAUGAUCCUCAUAGCAAUGAGAAAUAUUACCCAUACCGGCCCCUCCGCACACUAUGCCUCGUCAGCCGCAGCUUUCGCCGUCUUGCUCAGCCAAUUCUCUAUCACACGGUCUUCAUAGUGAUAGACAGGGCACUAAGCCACCGCGCGUUGAAGCUCCUAAGGACCCUGUAUCAAUGCCCUUCUCUGGCCCGCGCUGUUCGCAGCCUUUCCGUGGCUAGCUUCUGCAUAUCGGACGAGAAACCGAACUUUUCAGACAAGGCAACGUUUUUGGAUGGCGUGCUUCAAUCUCUAGAUAUCCCAUCUCUCCUCAAGGCCCAGCUUGAUAUUAAGCCCUCUUCCCAAGAAGAGAUGGACGCGAAAGAAGAGAUGGAUGCGCAAGAAGAGGUGGACGAAGAAGAGGUGGACGGUGUGCCAAUGAUCCUCGCACUCACCACAGCGGUCCAGCAUGUCGACAUCACCAUUUCCGAAUUGAACUGGCAUGUGCGCAUUUCCCACCAACUCGCAGGCUCAAUGCAGCCAGACGGACCAGACCCGCCUCGAAACUACGCAAAUUACGGACUGCCGAAUCUCAAACACAUCUCCAUCAACGCCAAUGAUAGCCCAAUGAACACCAGCAUUUCCUACGUGGAGCCUGCGCUACUACGCUCAGAUCUGAUCAGUCUACGUCUCGCACACGUGAAUUGGCACUCGGCCUGGGUAGAACCCGUCGCAAGACCCAGCCGCACUUGCAAUCUGCAUUCUCUCAUCCUUGAUGACUGCAUUGUGGAUGAGGUUACUCUCAAGGACAUCUUAAAACGGUACCCCAAACUCCGGCGUCUGUCUCUCAAAUGUGCAGAUGGCUACUCAGCCGUCGACAUUGACAACUACGACGAGGGCGACGUCGCCCCUUGGACCUGGCGUAGCGGCCCGUUCGGUGAUGUGUUGAGGGAGUAUGGCAAACAGCUGGAAGAGCUUACUCUUUUGACAGAUUUUCACCGUGAGCGCAUCUAUGGAUUCAGUACUCCCGAGGAUGAGACUAUGUUGGGUUCUUUUCAUGAUUUCCCAUCGCUUCGUAAGAUGGAAGUCAGCUUCCGAGAAUUGUUUGGGCCAGAGGAUAGAGAUGGAAGAGUGAUUAUGGACAUGGGCCUGUUCCCUCCAAGCUUGGAGGAGAUUGUCAUCCCAAGUAACCAUGGUGCUCAUUUUCGCGAAGUGCUGGCUUUGAUGCGGAACCAUGCACUACCCAAGCUCCGCCGGGUCACUUUGCGAUAUACGUGUGCCUCUAGUCUGAACUUGAUGGCUAUUUCGGAGAAAGAGAUUCCCGGGUGGACCUACUUGGAACGGAAGUUGCUUGAUAGAAUGCCUAUCAAGGUUUAUUGUCUGAAUUUCGUUAAACUUCCGAUUGAGCAAAAUCUGCUCUAG